AUGUCGAGUCCUGGAAUCAAGUCGAGUGACGCUCUCGGUCGAGUGUAUACCGUACAUCCGAACAACUCGGAAUGUUUUCACCUGAGAUUGUUGUUGCUUGAAGUUCAAGGCCUCAAGUCAUUUCAAGAAUUGCGAACAGUGGAAGGAAGAGUAUGCAAAACUUAUAAAGAAGCUUGCCAAGUUAGAGGAACUUUGGGAAAUGAUGAACACUGGAAUGCAACAUUGGAAGAAGCUGCUGUGACUUGCUCCCCAAGAAUGCUACGAAAUCUGUUUGUUGUUAUGUUACAGACAUGUGCCAUGUCAAAUCCUCAUCAGUUGUGGUCAUAUAAGAAUAGCCUGUCUGAAGACUUACUGCAUCAGAAUUUGAGUUGA